CACGCGAAGCCGUUCAGUAAACGCGCCCAAAGAAGGAAUCGAACAGGGCCGGGCUGUUGAGUAAGCGCCCAGGGCCGUUUAGUAAACGCCGAUUGUCGGGUCCGGGUGGUCACGAUGGCGCGCGAGCUGAGGCGAGCUUGGGAUGGUGCUCCGCAUUGAGCGCCAACGGCCUGCAUCGGGCCCUCCUCGCAGCCGCGGCCGCCGCCGAGGGACGCCCCGCGGCGGCCACCGAGGGACCCCCGAGGGCGGCGCCGAGGUCCGCGCCUGGUGGCAGAGGGCCCCCCCGCAUGGGGGUCAGGCAAGCCAGGGACGACCAGAGGUCGGCGACGGGGGCCUGCAGCACGGUGCCCAGCGCCGGCAGCAGAGAGCUGCCCUCGGUCGUCCUGCAGCCCGACGUGCAGCGGCGGCCCCCGGACGCACGGCCCGCGGGAUCCUUCCGGGCGGGGGCCAGCCAACGCUCGCGCGGAGGCCGCGGGGCAACCUCUCGCAGGACAUCCCGAAGCUGGCAGGCAGCUCCGCGCUGUGGGCGAGGGCGAGGACCCUGCGGCCGAGAGCUCCCUUGUUGGUCUCGACGAGCACAGCGGCGGGGGCUCGAUUGGGCGAGGCCCCCAAGAUGGGGGGCACCGGCCAGGCCUCGCCACCAGGAGGCCCCAGAGAGCCGGGCGCCGAGGUCCGCCAAGCCACCGCCGACGGCGUCGCCGCACCUCUGGAGAAGGACCCGCCCGGCGGAAGCCUGCCCCGAAGGUCCUCCCCAUAGGGUCAGGUCGGACAAAGCCCUCCUCCAGGCGGGGUUCUGCCCCCUCCCCCAAAAAAACUCCAACAAGAUAUCAAGGGUAGUCAGAAAAUCGUCCCGGGACUACGUUUCAACUAUCUAUCUUUG